AGCCAUAGCCCAAAUAGGCGACGGCCAAUACCUAUAUAAAAGGGUUCAUUCUAGUCUCUCGAAGUGUGGGAAACGAAUAGAAACCUAAAAUUUUGGAUCAUAUUUGGUGCGAUGGAUUUCACGCUGCGGAUGGACAAAUCUUACUCCUCCUACCUCAGUGCUCUCAAAAGUACUGCCAAGCGAUCCGGCCGACGGCCGCCGUCUUUCCCCACCUCACCCCAUUUCUCAUAUCUCAAUUCUCUUCCCGAAUACCAGCUGCCAAAUAUCCCACCAGAUCUCGUAACCGAAAUCCUCUCUCGUCUACCCAUCCAAUCUCUACUCCGGUUCCGAUGCGUUUGCAAACCGUGGCGUGACUCCAUCUCCGAUCCCUGUUUGGCUCUUUCGUUUCAAAACCGGAAAAUCGCCAUCAGAUACGGUAAGGGCUUAUACGAUUUGAACUUACACUCUGAAUUCGGUAAAGUUUCGAUGGUAGAGCUUCAAUAUCCGAUGAGGAAGAAGGAAAUAGGUGGCACCGAGGAGGUAGAAAUGCCACGGUUCGAAAUCUUAGGUUCUUGUAGGGGUUUGUUGCUUAUUAGACGUGACAUGGAUUAUUUUUCCCCAGUAAAUAGACAUAGACGUGACUUGGAUUUUUACCUGUGGAACCCUUCAGUUAGGCAAUGCACCAAAGUACUUUCGCUUCCGCAGCGAGAUCCGCUAGAUAAGGACGUCCGGUAUGAGAGGCCUAUGACUGGCUGUGGUCUAUGUUAUGACUCGUCAACCGAUGAGUACAAGGCAGUAAUGGCUUACGAGCGUUGUGACACUUACGAUGCUUGCACGGGAAUGGCCAUCGUUGCUAGUUUGAAAAGCAAACAUUGGACUAGUUAUUGUUUCCCUUACCAGCUGGAGUCCGGUCCAGUAGUGAACGAGCGAUUGCACUGGGUGGUCAAUCGAGAUGAAAAUGGUACGCGAUUUCCAGCCCAACAAAUUGUUUGUUUUGAUCCGUUGGUAGACGAGUUUGUAGAGUUAUCAACCCCGCCAUCUUAUGAUGGGGAUAGAAAUGUCAUAUUGGGUUUGGGGAUUUUAGAUGGAUGCCUUUGUGUGGCACGUUACUGUGUGGCACGCUACUGUUACUAUGGAAGUGAUUAUGAGAGUGAUCAUGAGUUUGGUUAUUGGAGUGAUUAUGAGGCCUAUAAUAAUAUACCAGAUAUCGAGGUGCUAAUCAUGAAGGAAUACGGCGUGGAGGAAUCUUGGACUAGUUUGUUUGUUAUGUCUCGUUUUGGGGGAUUGUCAACUCCUUAUAGGCAUGGACCCUAUAGAUUUGGAUGUUUCGUGCCAUUGUGCUUGACAGAGAAUGGAAAAGUUCUUGUUGCAGUGAAUGGAAAACAAAUAUUGCUUUACAAUCCGUCAGAGGAUUCGGGAAGGCAUAUUACCAGUCCGGCAAAUAUAUUUGUGUAUGAGGAGAGUUUGGUUUCACCAGAUUCAUGUGGUGGGGGAAAUGAUUGGAGAAUAGAAUCGGUGGAUGCUUGGAAUUAUGUCUACUACGAUGAUAGUGAUCGGGCUCAACAAAAAUACGAUUGGUGUCCGUGUUGUGCUUGUGACCCCUCCCAUUGGGACGACAUGUACGAUUGGGUGGUGAACGGUGAUUAUGAUUGGGAGGUGGACGGCGAUUAUGAUUGGAAGGAGGAAGACUUCUUGAAAAAAGAGAAACAACGACAUAGAAUGAGAAUUAGAACAAAAACUCUUUGAAAAAUAACUGAAAAAGACGAGGACGGAUAAUGCGAGAGGACGACGAGCUCUGAAUAGUGGAUAUUGUCAAAUAGGCCAAGGUUUAUCUUUUUUGCGACUCUGAUCCGAUGGUGCAACUUGACGAAACUUCUUCAAAAUUUGAGCCAAUAGAUUCUAAUGCAGUUGAUCCCUUUGCUAUCAGUCCAAUCUUUUUGGUGCGGUAUUGGGGAGACUCGAAAAGGAAGUGAAAGAGAUUGAAGCUAUUCAAAUGAAUUGAAGGCCAAGAAAAUUGAUCAAUUUGUUGUAAUCUGGACUAUCAAAUUGUAAUUUGUUGGAGCAUCAAGUUUUUAGUUUUGCAAAACCCAACUUCUUAUGUAAUUGAUAAUUGUGAUGAGAAUAGCCCGACGUGGGACUAUAUGAUUUUAUGGUUUUUGUUGGGAAUGGAUAAUUUGGCAAUUUGGCUAUGAAUGUGGCUUGUGAAUGGUGAUUUAGAAUGAAAAAUGCCCGGCAUGGGCUUGUG